UAUUAAGCAAUUCCAGCUUUAAAGUUGUUAAACCCUUCUCCUCCCAACUCCUUCCAAUUCUCCUCCUUUCGCCGGCACUUCCCGCCACCAGUUCUGCAACAAUUGUUACUUCUUUUAUCUUCUAAAGAAAUUCAAUGGCGACCAAUAGCAAUUUACCCAGACGAAUAAUAAAGGUUAUUGUUCCUUCUUGGAAAACAAAUCUCUCUUUAUUUCACUUUCUGAUUACUGUGAUCAUCGGUAUAUGUCGUUGUUCUGCAUGUUUUUUAUUCCAUUGAACUUCUUAGUUACUUUUGUUAAUUGAAUUUUCGUUUGUGUUUUUGUCGGGUAUUAUAUCCUUGGGCAGGAAACGCAGCGGCUUCUCAGUGAACCAGCUCCGGGGAUCAGUGCUUCACCAUCCGAAGAAAAUAUGCGGUAUUUCAAUGUGAUGAUACUUGGCCCUGCACAAUCUCCUUAUGAAGGAGGUGUAUUCAAGCUGGAAUUAUUUUUGCCUGAAGAAUAUCCGAUGGCACCACCCAAGGUUCGCUUCUUAACCAAAAUAUACCAUCCAAAUAUCGACAAGUUGGGACGUAUUUGCCUUGACAUUCUCAAAGACAAGUGGAGUCCAGCUCUCCAGAUACGGACUGUGUUGUUAAGCAUACAAGCUCUUCUUAGUGCCCCCAAUCCAGAUGACCCACUCUCUGAAAACAUUGCAAAACAUUGGAAAUCAAAUGAGGUUGAAGCUGUUGAAACAGCGAAGGAAUGGACUCGGGUGUAUGCAACUGGGGCAUAACCAGUGUCUUACAGCUUCAACUGCUGCGGGGCAAUUACUCCCGGAAUUUGUGUCUCCCUUUGGAUAUGGAAAGGGAAGAUGUAUUGUGUAAACAAUUAGAAACUAGUCUUCAAGGUCUACCAUUGCCCAUUAGCUUGAAGCGAAUAUUUUUCUUCAGAAGGCUUGCCUUCUGUAGAGGAGUUUGAUUUGUAGUAUACUUGACGCUGUAUCCUCGAGCUUCAAACAUUUAUGUCCUGUUAAUGUUUAUCCUGCUAUCUUCUGUGAGGUGGUUCUUAUUUAGAUCAUUUGUUUUCUGGUAGCA